AUGGUGGUCAAGAAGAUCGCGCCCUACGGGUCAUGGGAAAGUCCCUUUUCCAUCGACGACGCCACGGCUGGCAGCAAGGCCCUGUCGUCGCCGAGAGGAGAUAUCCGCACUGAGCGUGUGUUUUUCCUUGAGUCCAAGGCUGAUGGCUCCAACACCAUCGUGGAGGUGGUGUCCACAGAGGCAGGCGCCUUUGAGCUGGCAUACGUCCUCCCCGGCGCCCACGGCGUGAGCACCGCUGUGUACGAGUACGGCGGCGGGCCUUACGAGGUUCUCCCUGCGCCGGAGGGCGGGAAUAGUGUGCAGGAGAUUAUCUUCUCGGACACCUCUGAUGGGAACGCCGUCAAGGUUCUCGAUGUUGAUGCCCGAGCUGUGAGGACUAUUGUCGGCAACAAGCCGUGGCUUCGCUAUUCCGAGUUUGGAGCCUGCAGGGCGUCAAGAUGGGUUCUUGCCGUGGAGGAGGACCACUCGCUGCCGGAGCCCAAGGACGUCAGGAACUAUGUCGUCGCUGUCCAUGUUGACACCGGUGAGGUUAGGAGGUUGGUGGGUGGGUCUGACUUCUACAGCUCGCCCAAGUACAGCCCGGACGGCGGGUGGAUCUCGUGGCGGAGCUGGAAUCACCCUCACAUGCCUUGGCAGCAAUCAGUUCUGAGCUGGGCUCAGAUCCUGGGAGAUGAUCGGGACCAAGAAUUCGUCCUGGUCGACUCGCCAAAUGUCGCUGGAGGCAACCCUGGAGAGGCCGUGGGCGAGUCGGCGUGGGGUCUCGAUGGCGCGCUGUACUGGACGCAGGAGGCACAGGGCAGCGACUGGCGGCAGAUGUGGAGGCAAUGGCCCGAAGAUGGUGAAGCAGCACAGAAGCUUGAGUUGAAAGGGCUAGGGGAAGUGGAAAUUGGUGACUGUUCAAUGAUGAUUGUGGGUCACACAUUCGGCUUCCUGUCUCCAAGGUCUGUGGUGCUCUCCUACACCAAGUACGCAGCCAACAGCACCGUCCACGUUGACCUCGAAACGCUUGAGGUCACUCCUCUAACGGAUGUGCCUUUGACCUCGAUGCGUGGUGACGUUCUCCACGCCAUCUCUCCGACGUCCUUCCUCAUUAUCGGCAGCGGCGACACCUCCCCAUUGGGCGUAUACCACUUCUCUCUCAAACAUAACCUAGAGGUGGAAGUCACCCAGGUACACACUGCAGACAACAAGAAAAUCCCAGCCAGCCUCAUCUCCGUCCCGCAGCAUGUAUGGCUCAAGUCCACCAAGCAGGACCCCAAGCGCCCAGUCCAUGGCUUCUAUUGGCCACCCCUCAAUCCCAAAUUCACUGCCCCAGAAGGCGAGCUCCCGCCGCUGCUGAUCAACCCCCACGGCGGUCCGACAGGCCACACGCCCCCAGGGCUGAAGAUCGGCGGCAUCGGCGGUGGGAAUGCGCAGUUCUGGACCAGCAGGGGCUUUGCCUAUUUCGCGAUCAACUACACCGGCAGCUCGGGCCACGGGAAGUCCUACAGGGAGCGACUGGACGCCGAGUGGGGUAUAUUAGACCGAGACGAUGUCGUGGAGAUUAUACAACACUUGUGUGAGACGGGCCGGGCCGAUAAGGACCGAGUGGGUAUACAUGGGGGCUCGGCGGGUGGAUACAACGUCCUCCAGAGUCUCGUAUGGUACCCCGACGUCUUCGCGGCCGGGGUAUGUUACUGUGGCGUGAGCGACGUCAAGGCGCUGGGAGUGGGGACGCACAAGCUCGAAAGCCACUACCUGGAGGGUCUUUUGUAUAGGCCUGGGAUGAGCGAGGAGGAAAAGGGGGAAGUCGAGUAUGAGCGGAGCCCGGUUUACCACGCGGAGCGGAUUCGUGCGCCGUUGUUAUUGCUUCAUGGGGACAAGGACACGGUUGUCCCAAUCGAGCAGAGCUACGAGAUCGAGAGGAAGAUUAGAGAGCGGGGCGGAGAUGUGAAGAUGGUGGUUGCGCCUGGGGAUGGGCACAUGUUUUUGAUGGAGAAGAGCAAGAAGAUUGCCCUCCAGGAGGAAGUGCAGUGGUGGAUGAGGACUCUGGUUCGGAAGUGA